AAACCGACUAAAUUGUCAGAAUCUAACCUCAGUAACUACCAUGCCAUCAUAAGAUGAAUUUAACAUCAGCUUCAACGACCAACAACCGACUAAAGGAAGCAUCGAUGGCCUGAGUUGCAAAAUGUCCAACAGAAUCUAUUACUGACAGUGCACUUUCUGCUUAUUAUUAUUUAUUUAUUUUUUUUGCUUCCAUUCCUUCGACUCUUAAAAAAAAAAAAACGAACACCAUUUAACGGGAACUUGAAUUGUAUGACAAAUGGAAAACUUUUAAAAUCGACUUGGAAACCGUCACCCCUGGAUCCGUUUGAUUCUGGAUUAUUUUUCUGUCUUGCAGACCAUGAAGCACAACAACCAAUUGCCCGGAAACCACUUCCGCAAGGACUGGCAGAGCCGCGUCAAGGUCUGGUUGGACCAAGCUGGCCGCAAGAAGACCAGACGCAUUGCACGCAUCCAAAAGGCUGCUCGCAUUGCUCCUCGUCCCGUUGAUGGCUUGAUCCGCCCUGCUGUCCGCUGCCCCACUGUCAAGUACAACACCAAGCUCCGUGCUGGUCGUGGCUUCACCCUUGAGGAGCUCAAGGCUGCUGGUAUCCGUCGCAAGGAGGCUCUCUCCAUCGGCAUCUCGGUUGACCACCGCCGUCGUAACAAGUCUGAGGAGUCUCUCCAGCUCAAUGCUCAGCGUCUCAAGGCAUACAGGGCCAAGUUGAUCGUCUUCCCCCGUAAGGCUGGCAAGGCCAAGGCUGGUGACGCUCAGGCUGCUGACCUCUCCAAUGCAACCCAGUUGUCUGGUCCUCUCUUCCCUGUCAACCAGAUCUGGCCCAAGGAGAAGGCUCGCAAGAUCACUGAGGAGCAGAAGAGCCAUUCUGCUUACGAGCAACACCGCAAGGCUCGCUCCGUUGCCCGCCUUCACGGUAUUCGUGAGGCCCGUCGCAAGGCCAAGGAGGAGGAGGAGGCCAACAAGAAGAAGUAAAUUUAAAUGCAGGAUAUCUGUAGUUCACUUUACUUUUUUCUUAUUAAAGCAAAAAUCCUUCCGCAGUUUAUAUUUUUAUUUAA